AUGGUGGAGCUUAUGAAAGACCUAAGAGCCGACACAAAUGAAGGAGGUGGCGGCUACUGUGAUUUACCUCGAUGGAAAGAAGGAAGGCGGUCGAAGCAGUGGGUCACAACAGGUGGAGGGCGGAGUGGGUUGAGAAUGACGGUGGCAGCCGGUGGUGCUUGCUUUGGCGACUCCCACUGUUUCUGUUCAUUUCUUCCGGCGAGGUCGACGGGUGAGCCACGAUGGGAGGAAGGAGUAAGGGUCGGGGAUGUUUGGGGUUGCUGUACUCGACAAAAUAAACACGGUGGUGGUGGGUUUUUACCAUGGCAGCGUGGAGUGGCGGAGGGAGCUGCUCCGGUGGCCGGCAACGGUGGUUCUUGGUUAAACCCACCGCCUCCCAUUCUUCAACUCCAUCGAAAUAUCAAAGAUGGUGGGCAGCAAGCCGAUUUCUGGUUCCGGUCGUUCUUUGGUUGUGCUAUUCAUCAUUCUCCCCACCACCUCCCUUAUCCGAUAUCUCCAUCCGUGUCGAAUCGGCCUCAUUUCCUCUGCACUUUCUACUCCGUCGCAACAACGCAACGAGAUGCACACAAAGAUUGGUUGACUAAAGAUCCACAAUCGCUUGAGCUGGGCACCAGGGGAACAACAAAUCCAUGUUUAUUCCUAACAAGCCCUUCACGUUCAUCUCUUUCCUUGCUCCACCUCCUUCGAGUUUCUCCCCUUUCUCUGAGAUUGUGCAUCAAUAGAUUGAUAAUUCUUUUUGGUGGUAAGAAAGCAUCAACAAAAGGGAGGCCUGAAUUCAUUAAGAGCCAGGUGGUUGCGGUUCUGUUCUUUAAGUGA